UUUUCAGUUUUUCUAAACCAUUCAAACACAUAACAUCUACUUUUAUACGAGCUCGAUUUUAAAAGAAUUUCAAAAUUUACGUUCCAUAAUAUCGGCACUAAAAGUUGUUAAAAAUUUCACAUUCCUGAAUAUCUUUAUCCACCAAAAUGGAUGAUUGCUUACGUGGACCAUCAAGAAAGUAUUCAUUCAAAGUGGAGAAAAUGAAGACAAUCGAUCCCAUUCAGAGCUUCGUAGAAUUCCCCAGACCUAGGGGCCCAAUGCGAAACACUGUUGGCAGAAAGGUUCCUAAGCUUCGACCAAACAAUAAUGAUCUUGCUAAUUAUGAUGGGAUCGAAGUUAUCAGGGUGCGUAAGAUCACGCGAACGGUGAAGAAGAACAAGCUCGAAAUACCCAAGGGCGGGAAGCGUCCCAACACCAAGGCCGCUGUGAAGAAGAAGCGUGGUGCAGCCGCCAAGAAAACUGGACAAGCCAAGACCGCUUACAUCCUACAGUCCGAUGAAAAACAAUCCACCGAAGAUCCCAAAACCGAAGGGAGUAACAACUGGCUCUUCUGGAAGAGAUGGUUCUCCAGCGAUCCUCAAACCAAAUAAAAUCAACGAGCAGGUAUCUCCAGAGGAA